UGCCCGGCCCAUGGCCCGGCCCCCGGCGCCUCCCGGGGCCCCGCGCUGCUUCGGGGCGCUGAGCACGGGGCAGCUGCGGGCGCUGCUGCAGGACGAGCCCCGGCUGCAGCGCGCUGUCCGCCUCAGCAGGAAGUUCCAGGCGCUGCAGAGGGAGCGGGAGGAGCGGCUGGCGGCCAAUAGCGCGCUGGCCCGGGACAACCUGGCGCUGCGGCCGCGGCUGGAGGACGGGAAGGCGGCCCUGGCCAUCAAAUACCAGGAGCUGCGCGAGGUGCGCGAGGCGUGCCGGGCCAAGCUGCGGCGCCUGGAGGCGUACCUGGAGGAGUGCGGCCCGCAGCGCGCCCUGGAUCGGCUCCGAGCCGCGCUGGAUGCGUCCGAAGCGGAGGCGGAGGCACAGAUGCAGCUGUUCCUGGCGCACGAGGUGCCCCUCGAUGCCUUCCUGGAAUCCUUCUGCCGGAGCCGCGCGCGCUCCCACGUCUCUCGGACGCAGCUGGAGAAGCUGCAGGAGCUGCUGCAGAUGGGCCGGGACCCUGCGGGGGAGACCCCGGGGCUCAACCCGGCGCCGGACUGCGGCGCGGCCUCCCCCAAAGCCCUGGAGCUGCGCUGCGGCUUCGUGCCCGCCGUCCUCGUCCCCGCGGCAGCCGUUGUACCCUUCGCCGUGCCGCCCAAGCACCGUCUCCCGGCCCUGGGACAGCCGCCGGUCGCCCCGCACCCCGCCCAGCACGCGACCCCGCUCAGCCCCCGGCCCUUCCGCCGCCGGGAGCCGGAGCUGCUGCAGCCGUAGAGGUGCGGGACCAGGGAACGGCGGGCGCGGAACUCCGGGAGCUGCUGCGUGCGGGGAAGAAGCGGCUGCAUCCGCUGCGGGAGGGGGGGAGAGGGUGCGUCGUUGGGCCCGGGAGGUUGGAAGUGGGGAAGGAGGUCCGGCAGCAUGGCCCACUGUGCGCUCCCCAAAUAAAGGCUUUGUUCCACACCGUGUGGGCCUGGCUGUGAGCAGAGGAACGGGGCAGGCAGAGGCGAUUCCUUGGCUUGGGGAGACCCCUGGGCUCGGCUGUGCCCGGGGAUGAUGAUGGCUGCUCCAGGGUGGACACAGAGCCCAUGGGCAUGAGGAGCGCGGUUUUCCCCUGGCCAGGCACCAAGUGCAGCCCCCCAGCUCAGCCCCACACGUGGCAACAGUUUGGGGUCGUGUGGGGGCCUCGUGCCAAGCAACUCCCCUUUGCCCCCAUACCCAUGGGCACAGUGGGAGGUAAGCACAGCCUGGGG